AUGUCCAGCCCUCACGCUGGGGCAGCUACCAGUGACAAUGUCGUCGAUAACAACGGUUCUUUUGACCCGGAGCUUGCGCGAGCAUACUCUUCCAUGCCGCCUCACGAAUUCAAGGACAAUUGGUACCUGGAAUCGACAAUGAAGAAAGAUCCUACUUCUGAAGAGGACGGUUAUUUGUCUGCAGAGGAUGAUAAGCAUUUCAUUGAGGUGUGGACUUCUGUUAGCCCCAGCAUAUGCAUCACUCCAACAACCAACAACAACAGCGAAGGCGACAACUCGAUGGUUCAUCUCGACCGAAGCUCGACACCCGAUACGGCUAUGAUAUCAUCCGGGACAUCUGAGGAAGUCAAUGAGAAUACGGCUACUACACAUGAGGCAGUCAAUGAGAAUGAUGCAUCAGCUUCUUCAUCGUCACCCAAAAAGAAUCCUCCUGUUCGUCGAUUGCGUCCAAGACGAGAAAAUCAAGUAAAGCCAUACACCUGGGAACUCGCUCUACACAAGGCAAAAAUUGCUGGUAUUGAAGAGUUACUAGCAGCUGAUGCACGUUUACGAAGAGAGGAAGAGAAACACAGCCUUGAAGAUCAAUAUGAAGAAGAAGAAAAUGAUCACCAAGACGACGAAGAUGAUGAUGACGAUGAUGAUCCGAUGGAUACAGAAGAUGAUGACGAUGAUGAAUCAGAGGAGCGUAUUGUACGUAAAGGAUUACGACACAUGCGUUUAUCAGAGAAAAAGCGACAUACAUCAUCACCAUCUCUAUCUACGUCUUCCCCUAGUUUGCCAUCAACACCACCUCCAAUUGAUCCUUUACGUUCUUCUGUUCAUGUGAGCCUGUGGCCUACCCAUACCACCAAUACAAGAGCACCAACAGUAUCACGCGUGUAUGGUAGUAAAAAGAAAAAGCAUCGGAUGACAAGGCCAAUGAAAUCCAAAAUUCAAUCAUCACGACGACGAGCACCAAGGAUUAUGGAGGAUGAUGAAGAAGAAGAUGAAGAUGAUGACAAUAUGGAAAAUGAUGACAUUCAGCAACCAGAACCUGAAGUUGAAGACGUGUUUGCAUUUCCUCAGCAUCCAAUCCAAUCGCCAUUUCCCAAUGCAACUCGACAGAGUGGCAAGGAUGAUGAUGUGGAUGACAUAUUUGAUUUUCCCAUUGAUGCUGAACCCGUUGAUCCCAUUGACGAUGAUCCAGUUGAUGAUUCAACGCCGACUACUCCACGACCACGCUCAACUCACCAAGCAGCAAUGGAUGAAUUAAAGCGUCGACGACAAGGAAGACAGCGAGCAACGAGCAAUGAUGAUGAGUUUGUGGUGGAGGAUACGGAAGAAUUCAAACCCAAAAAGAGAAAGCGAUUCAACAUGAAUGAAUUACCUUCAACACACGGCGUACUACCACGUUCAUUCGGCAUUGUAGCAAAGCGAUUGGAAGAACGACCCAAACCAGUUGCUCAAAUGGAUGAUGAAGAGGAUAAUGAUGCACACUCAACAACAUCAUCAGCAUCAUCAUCAGCAUCAGCGGAUGAAUUACCUAUGUACGAUCCAACAUUGAAACAGCAGUUGCUUCCUGAAUUUUUUGAAUCACCUCCUCAAUCUCAUUCUGCAUCCCAUUCAUCAUCAUCACCACGACAACCUUCAAAAUCAUCAUCAUCACGGCCUCGAACAACUAAUACCAAUCAUUCAUCCAGCAACAAGAUUCGAUAUUCAUCCUCCAAAAUGCCACGUUCAUCCAAUUCAACAGCGCAAGGAAGCAGUAAUCAUCAUCCUCAGCAACCGAGUAAGAAGCGACGACGACGACAACGCAACAAGUUAGAUGGCAUUUACAUUCAUCCACGUCUUGAUGAUGACUAUCUUCCUUCUUUACCCAAAUUUGGACGUGGAGAUCCAUCAAGAUCGCAUAUUCCAUACCUUCCCUCCGAUGACGACAUGGACGACAUGGAGCUCGAUACCAAUACCAACUCUCGAUCCUCUGCACAACUGACGACAUCCACUGCAUUUAAUUCACCACCACCACCCUCAGCAAGUCAUCCACCAUUCCAGCAUUCACUUCUUCAACCCUCUUCACCAGCAUUAUCUUUUCCAUCAACAACAACACCUAUUCAAGAUCCAUUUGAAGAAUUUGUCAAAUCGCAUCCAACAUUCACCUAUGAUUUCAACACAACUCCAUCUCACUACGAAGGCAGUAUUUCUGGAACACGUUAUAUUGGAAGAGGAUUCCUUGCAAAUCUUUUUGAACAAGAACAACCCCUCGCUAUGCCUGCAACGCAAGUCUUUGGAGAAGAAUUACCGAUGAUGGAUAGCAGCAGCAGCAGCGAUGAUGACAACAUGGCACCACCACCUGCAUGGAUGGAUUAUGCUUCACUCCAACGACUCUUGUAUAAAUGUUUUCAUCACCUUGCCAAUUACAUUGAACGUGAUAUUGGAGGACGUGAGCAAGAGAUUGAAUUACGCAAGUUUACGUGCAUCUAUCACUUUCUUUCAUGGUCCAUCAUGGUACAAGGACGAGCAUUACCAGGCUACUUUGAAAAGGAGAUUGAAUGCAUGGUGCAACGUGUGCUGACACUGAAUGGGAAGCGGACCCCUAGCAAGUGGGUGAUUCUGAUCCUCGUGUACUAUAUGGAUUGGAAACGUAGAUUGCAUCCUUCUUUGAAUGACUCACGCGCACAACACCUUCUUUUGGAGCACUUGUACCGCCUAGGUCCUGAUCAAGUACACAUUCAGGUCAAUGAAGCGAGUAUCACUGCUGAGAAUAUAGUCUCUGUUGAAGCAUGGGUCUCUUUACUCAAGUUUGAAGCGGAUCAUGGUCAAAUCUGGCACACAUUGUGGACCUGGAUCGAGCAGGAUGAAUCAUUACCCGUGUGGGACAAGGUGGAACGUGCGUGGCAUUGGCUGUUUGUGAUACGAGUCAUGCGAGGAUUUGACACUCGGGGCAAAUUAUCAAAACCAAGCUUCCAUGAUCAAUCUACUUGGCCUGGUGUCUCUCGAUUGGUGACAUUGAGUAGGGAAUUGGUUGAAAAAUGGGGUACAAAGUAUGAUCAAUAUGCCCAUUGUUUACGUAAGCGGUGGAGAAGCUUGAACACGUCGUCAUAA